GGGAAUAGCAAGGACAGAUGUGAGACUGUAUUAGAAACAAAUGAAUGGUGCCUUUUUUGUUCGUCAGUUCCUUCUGUCUCAAAGAUUCAGGAUUUCAUAAGUAACUGAAAAAUAUUUUUGUGGUAAACCCAAGUCAAACCCUCACCUAUAUCCUGCCUUUGUGGUUCACGCUUGAGUUUAUUACCAUUGGAUGUACUGUGCUCCAUUGAAGAAUUUCUGAAGAUAUACUAUGUAUCAAGGAAUUGUUUGUGCUUGAUGUGUCCACACUUUUUUUCCAAAGUUAUUUUUGGGAUCCACAAUUAAAUAAACUUGACUGACUUAAUUCCUGGGAUUCUACGGCUAAACAGAAAAGCCUUUCCGAUGGUGAUCACUUCGACAGUGGAGGAGAAGCCGCAGCCUUCCAACAGAAUGGUGGCAAAUCUGCCAACCGAAUCCUGGAUUGAUAACCCAGAUCAGAAUCGGUACUUAGCACAGUCACACCUGCUUCGGAAGCCAUCAAGAAGUGGAAGCAGCUCAGGAUGCAAGCCCCCUUCCUCUACCCUCUGCCAGCCUGCCGCCUUGGGCUUCUCCCCCGCUGAGCCAACCAUGUCGAGCCAGCACAGCCACCCCUCCCUCAGUAACAUCCACUCCAUGGCCGAACAGCAGCAGGUGCUGUCAGAUAUGACCAUACUGCAGAGGAGGAUCCCCCCGAGUUUUCGAGAUCCCGCCAGCGCCCCGCUGCGAAAACUCUCGGUCGAUCUCAUUAAGACAUACAAGCACAUCAAUGAGGUGUACUACACAAAAAAGAAGCGGCGUGCCCAGCAGGUGCCCCCUGAGGACUCCAGCACGAAAAAGGAGCGCAAGGUGUACAACGACGGCUACGAUGACGACAAUUACGACUACAUUGUGAAGAACGGGGAGAAGUGGCUGGACCGCUACGAAAUCGACUCGCUCAUCGGCAAGGGCUCCUUCGGACAGGUGGUGAAGGCCUAUGACCACCACGAGCAGGAGUGGGUGGCCAUCAAGAUCAUCAAGAACAAGAAAGCUUUCCUAAAUCAGGCCCAGAUCGAGCUGCGACUCCUGGAGCUCAUGAACAAACACGAUACUGAGAUGAAGUACUAUAUAGUCCACCUGAAGAGGCACUUCAUGUUCCGUAACCACCUGUGCCUGGUGUUUGAGCUCCUCUCCUACAACCUGUAUGACCUCCUGCGCAACACCAACUUCCGCGGCGUCUCCCUCAACCUGACGCGCAAGUUCGCUCAGCAGCUGUGCACGGCACUGCUGUUCCUGGCUACGCCCGAGCUCAGCAUCAUCCACUGCGACCUCAAGCCCGAAAACAUCUUGCUGUGCAACCCCAAGCGCAGCGCCAUCAAGAUCGUCGACUUCGGAAGCUCCUGUCAGCUAGGACAGAGAAUUUACCAGUAUAUUCAGAGUCGGUUCUACCGUUCUCCGGAGGUCUUGCUGGGUAUGCCAUAUGACCUGGCCAUUGACAUGUGGUCCCUGGGCUGCAUCCUGGUCGAGAUGCACACGGGCGAGCCUCUGUUCAGCGGCUCAAAUGAGGUGGACCAGAUGAAUAAGAUAGUGGAGGUUCUGGGGGUCCCUCCAAACCAUAUGCUGGACCAGGCCCCCAAAGCCCGAAAGUACUUUGACAAGCUGUCCGACGGCCUCUGGACCGUCAAGAAGAACAAGGACAUAAAGAAGGAGUACAAGCCCCCCGCCACACGUCGGCUACACGAGAUCCUGGGGGUGGAAACAGGUGGCCCUGGCGGAAGGCGGUCUGGAGAACAGGGACACGCCCCGUGUGACUACCUGAAGUUCAAGGACCUGAUCCUGCGUAUGCUGGACUACGACCCCAAGACACGCAUCACGCCCUUCUACGCUCUGCAGCACAACUUCUUCAAGAAGACGACAGACGAGGGCACCAACACCAGCAGUUCCACCUCCACCAGCCCGGCCAUGGACCACAGUCACUCCACCUCCACCACCAGCUCGGUCUCCAGCUCCGGUGGAUCUAGCGGUUCUUCCAAUGACAACCGGAAUUACCGGUACAGUAACCGAUACUACAACAGUGCGGUCACGCACACGGACUACGAGAUGCAGAGUCCACAGGCUCCAUCUCAACAACAGUUACGCAUCUGGCCGGGAGGGGAGGGAGGCAUUGGCCAGCUGUCCAACAGUGGCAGUGAUCCUCCUUACCCCCAGCUGCUGCUGCACAAGCCGGCUGCCACCCAGCACUCUCGCCACUUCCUGGGCAACGUGGGGGGCAUGAUGGAGCCGCAUCACCCCCACCCCAUCUACGGCAGUCACCACAGUAACGGCAGGCAGCUCCGUCAGCAGCAGCAGCAGCAGCAGAACCAGCCACAGGGUCAGGCCUCCCAGGGCCAGCAGGGCCAGUCGCUGAUGCCCAUCUCCUCUCCACAGAUGCAGGACAGCAUCGAGCUCAGCCUCACCCACCACCACCACCUGGGUCAGUCUUCCAUCAUGCAGCCGCCCCCGUCGAGCUUGGACUCCAGUCAGUAUGGCUCCUCCAACCUCCACCUGGGCCUCUCUGCCUUUCGGACUAGGACGGUCAUGGCCCCCCAGCCGCCCUCUGCCGGCUCCCAGCAACAGCUGGCCCAGGCCCCGGCCUCUCAGGACAGCAUGGUCGCUGCCUCUGGCUUGGGAUACAUCCCACCGUGUUACCCCGGCAGUAACAACAAUAACAACCCACCCCAGGGAAGCGUGGGGGUGGGGAGCGGGAUGCUUACUGGGGGGGCCCCGCCCAGGGGGGUUGGGGGUGGUGGGGGGCGGCCGGAUUCGGAAGAGUCCGCCAUGAUGGGAGUAUGCGGCAGCGGAGGUGGCGGCGGUCAGAAUGCAGCCAACUCUUGAUAAAUCUUGAACAAAUUCCAAAAGCCAUACAAAAAAAAAUUUUAACGAUAACAUAACGAUGAGAAAACACCGCAUACAUACAUGUAGUACACAUACCACACA